CCUGGGGCGGGGCGACCGUGGGCUCCGAGCUCUGCGGUCAGCGACAGGCGGCGGGAGAUCGCUGGCCAGCGACGCGCCACAAGUCGCUUGUUUGGGGAGAUCGGCGCUCGGCCGGGUGUGCGUGAACCUAGGAGAUGGCAGUAAUGGAAGUGGCCUGCCCGGGGGCCCCUGGCUCAGCAGUUGAACAGCAGAAGGAGCUCACCAAGGCCAAGGAGAAGACACAGCCACUCGAGCAGAAGCAGGGCUGCAUCUACAAGCUCCAGAUGGUAGAGAAGAGCUCUGUGUUCUGCAGGAAGUGGGAGAUCCUGAAUGACGUCAUUACCAAAGGGACAGCCAAGGAGGGCUCUGAGGGCGGGCUGGCCGCCAUCUCCAUCAUUGCCCAGGCCGAAUGUGAGAAUAGCCAAGAAUUCAGCCCUACCUUUUCAGAACGCAUUUUCAUCGCGGGCUCGCAGCAGUACAGCCAGUCUGAGAGUCUUGACCAAAUCCCCAACAAUGUGGCCCAUGCGACCGAGGGCAAGCUGGCUCGCGUGUGUCGGAAGGGAAAGCGUCGUAGCAAAGCCCGGAAGAAACGGAGGAAGAAGAACUCGAAGUCUCUGGCCCAGGCAGGAGUGGCCUUAGCUAAGCCCCUGCCCAGAACCCCUGAGCAGGAGAGUUGCACCGUGCCAGUGCAGGAAGAUGAGCCACCACUAGGUGCCUUCUAUAUCAGACGUGACCCCCAGUUCACCAAGCCUCUGAAGGAACUAGACCUUGGCCACCCCUGCUUUAAGAAACAAGGCGAGGGCCUUCGGCCAGUGAUGCCUCGACCAGAACUCCACAAACUGAUCAGCCCCUUACAGUGUCUGAACCAUGUUUGGAAACUCCACCACCCCACUGCCAAAAGCCCGCUGCCCCAUUCUGCUCACCCUUUCCCCUGCCGCAGACCACCCCAUCCCUUCCCCUUCCAUCCCCUCCAGCCCUGGAAGCCUCAUCCCUUGGAAUCCUUAUUCCUGGACAAAUUAGCCAGUGUUGGAGGCCAGCAGCCCCUCCCUGGCCCACACCUGGGCAAACUGGCCUGCGGAGACAAUCAAAAGCCCCUGUCUAGCCCACACCUGGAGUCCAGCUACUUGUCUCGUGCCCACGAGAAGUUUCCUGUGGAGGAAUAUCUGGUACAUGCCCUGCAAGGCAGCGUGAGUUCAGGCCAGGCCCACAGCCUGGCCAGCCUGGCCAAGACCUGGUCAGCACGGGGCUCCAGGACACAGAGGCUCAGCCCAGAAACCGAGGAGAAUGAAGGGGUCCUGCUUACUGAGAAACUCAAGCCAGUGGAUUACGAAUACCGAGAAGAAGUCCACUGGACCACACACCAGCCCCGCCUGGGCAGAGGCUCCUUUGGAGAGGUCCACAGGAUGAAAGACAAGCAGACAGGCUUCCAGUGUGCUGUCAAAAAGGUGCGGGUUGAGGUGUUUCGAGCUGAGGAACUGAUGGCCUGUGCAGGACUGACCUCACCCAGAAUCGUUCCUCUGUAUGGUGCCGUGAGGGAAGGCCCUUGGGUCAACAUUUUCAUGGAGCUGCUGGAAGGAGGCUCGCUAGGCCAACUCAUAAAACAGAAGGGCUGUCUGCCAGAGGACCGGGCCCUGUACUACUUGGGCCAGGCCCUGGAGGGCUUGGAGUAUCUCCAUACACGAAGGAUCCUACAUGGCGAUGUCAAAGCUGACAAUGUGCUCCUGUCCAGCGAUGGGAGCUGCGCAGCCCUCUGUGACUUCGGCCAUGCCUUGUGCUUGCAGCCUGACGGCCUGGGGAAAUCCUUGCUCACAGGGGACUACAUCCCUGGCACAGAAACCCACAUGGCCCCGGAGGUGGUAAUGGGGAAGCCCUGCGAUGCCAAGGUGGACAUAUGGAGCAGCUGUUGCAUGAUGCUGCACAUGCUGAAUGGCUGCCACCCCUGGACUCAGUACUACCGAGGCCCGCUCUGCCUGAAGAUCGCCAGUGAGCCUCCACCUGUGAGGGAGAUCCCGACCUCCUGUGCCCCCCUCACAGCCCAGGCCAUCCAAGAGGGCCUGAGGAAAGAGCCUAUCCAUCGGGCAUCUGCCAUGGAGCUGAGGGGGAAGGUGGGUCAGGCGCUGCAGCAAGUGGGAGGUCUGAAGAGUCCUUGGAGGGGAGAAUACAAAGAACCCAGACCUCCACCCCCAGACCAAGCCACCUGCCACCAGACCCUGCCUGCCCCACCCAGGGAGGACCCGCCGGUCAAGGACAGCCCGGGGGGAAGCCCUGAGCCCCUUCUACCGCCAGAACCGCCAGAGCCGAACAGGACCGCAGCCCUGAACUUGAGCAAGGAGGAGUGCGGCGCAUGGGAACCCUUGCCUCUGUCCUCCCUGGACCCAGUGCCUGGCAAGGGCACCAGCUCCCCGGAGCGGAGAGCAACCUUCCCCGAGCUGGAGCUUCAGCAGCUGGAAAUAGAGUUGUUUCUGAACAGCCUGUCGCAGCCCUUUUCCCUGGAGGAGCAGGAACAGAUCCUCUCGUGCCUCAGCAUCGACAGCCUCUUGUUUUCAGAUGACAGUGAAAAAAACCCAUCAAAGGCCUCUCAGAGCUCGCGGGAUACCCUGAGUUCCGGCGUGCACUCGUGGAGCAGCCAGGCCGAGGCUAGGAGCUCCAGCUACAACAUGGUGCUGGCCCGGGGACGGCCCACCGACACCCCAAGCUACUUCAACGGUGUUAAAGUCCAAAUACAGUCUCUCAAUGGCGAGCACCUGCACAUCCGGGAGUUCCACCGGGUCAAGGUGGGGGACAUUGCCACAGGCAUCAGCAGCCAGAUCCCAGCCCCAGCCUUCAGCUUGGUAACCAAAGAUGGGCAGCCUGUUCACUAUGACAUGGAGGUACCAGACUCAGGCAUCGACCUCCAGUGCACCCUGGCCCCUGAUGGCAGCUUUGCCUGGAGCUGGAGGGUCAAGCACGGCCAGCUGGAGAACCGGCCCUAACCCUGCCUUCCAUCACCAGCUCCACUGCCUUUGAGUUUCUGUGCUCAGCGCUCCUCUGGGAUUCGAGCUCGGUCUGCUCAUAAGGAUCUGCCAGGCCCUGGUUCAGAAUGAGACCAGGCCUCACAGUAGCAAAGAAGGCCAGUGAACCGCCUCCCAGGACUUCCCAGCUGUGUCCUGCCUGCCCCUAGCCAGAGAGCAUCCGCCCACACGAGGAGAUGAGGAAGGCGGGCUCUCAUCCUCCAGGAGGAGUGUUCCUUACGCUCUACCAAGCAAGUUGGCAUGAACCAGUUUGCAUCAGUGAUCACUUUGCCAGCAGUCAGGGAGCAUCUUCCGGGUUAGGCCAGGAAGGGCGGUGCCCCCAAGCAGGUGGGAGGGUGUUGGUAGGAUGCGUCACACCCACAGAUGUUGCAGCCCCGGUUCUAAGUUGAACUCUGCUUCAGCCAAGGACCAGACAAGGUACUAAAGUGGUUCUCAGAGCCCUUAAGCAUGUGUCCAGUUGCCACUGGCCACCACUCUCCAGAGGAGCAGGCCCUGCACCCUGCCUCUGACCAGCUGGCACUCAGUUCCCUUGUCUGACCGUGAAGGGCAGCGUGAGACCCACUGACAGGAAUGGUCUGUGGCCGAGGCUCCACACACGCAGGUACUCGCUGCCUCUAGGCCACGUGGUCAACACCCAGCAUUUCAGCUUCAUGGUGGCAGGAUCCUGCCAGCAGAACUUUGCACUCCAAUGACCUCAAAGCACUUUCCUGAAUGCCCUCCUGCAGGGCAUAGGCUCUGCAUGAGCUCAAGCAGGCCAAAGGAUGAGGGAAGGGACUCAGUCAUGACCCAUCCCCGCAUGUGACCCCCCCCCACACACACACAGCCCCUUUCAGGUAAAAGAUGAGCACUCCGUGCCCCAUUGCCCCAGCCCAGACUCCUGAAUGGGGCUUGUGAAUAGCUGCUUGAAACUCAUGUAGCAUUAAGUUAACUGUGAAUGAUCGCAGGGAAAGGCCCUGAGACCUUGUGCCCCCAUCUAGCCAGGAUGGUCUCUAGCCAGCUAUUCACAAGGAGCUGGGCUGCUCCAGGGAGUCACAGGCCCCAACACAUGAAGAACUGUAGCCACGGUGCUUCAGCAUUUGGGCUGUACAAAAUAUGUAAGCAAUAAAACCAGGUGAUGACAA